GCCACCCAGGUGCCCCAAAGCCCAAGUUUUUAAUUUUACUGAUACCCAGUUUAUCUUUUUUUUGUUGUUGUUGCUUGGACUUGGUCUCUUGGGCCCUGCCAUUGAUCUGUGACCUUUAAUAAACUUACUGACUCCAGGCUCCUUCUGCCCUGGUGGGGUUCUAAACUUCCCGCUGGCAGGGUUCUUGGACAGAGCUGCACUGGGAGAGCUGCUGCCACUGUGUGUCUCUUUGUACUGUUGAGAAUUUUUUCUAGUUCAUAUUAUUUUGUUAAAAAUAUUAACUGAGCUUCACCUCAAAAUGCUACUAAUUUCUAACCUUCUAUGCUGAAUAGAGGGAAAGGAAGUGCCUUGCUAAGGGAGACAGGAUGCUGACCCAAAGCAGGAAGGCCCCGUGGUUUCCUGCUUCUGCCCCAGGGCCCAACAGCAGGUGCUCAGUGAGCCUUGGGAGGGAAAGAGAUGAGGGAAGUGUUUCACUCUGCAUCUUCCUUCCCACCCCAUCCUCCACAAAAAUGGGGGGGGGGCAGGGGUCCCUUGUAUGCAGCUGGCUCUAAGAGCUGCUGGGGUGGGGAGAACGCCUGUUCUCCUUUCUUCCUGCAUUGGAACAGCUCCCAGAGCCCUGCGUGUCUGCUCAGGCCGGCAGCGGAAGGAGCCUCUCCUGACUUUCCCUUCUGAGUACCUGGGAUUUGAGGUCCAGAAGCAGCAAAGAUGUCCAACGAGCCGCCCCCUCCUUAUCCUGGAGGCCCCACAGCCCCCCUUCUGGAAGAGAAGAGUGGAGCCCCACCUACCCCAGGCCGCACCUCCCCAGCUGUGAUGCAGCCCCCUCCGGGCAUGUCGAUGCCCCCCGCAGACAUUGGUCCCCCACCCUAUGAGCCACCGGGUCACCCAAUGCCUCAGCCUGGCUUCAUCCCCCCGCAUAUGAAUGCAGAUGGCACCUACAUGCCUCCAGGUUUCUACCCUCCUCCAGGCCCCCACCCACCUAUGGGCUACUAUCCGCCAGGGCCCUACCCGCCGGGGCCCUACCCUGGCCCUGGGGGCCACACUGCCACAGUCCUAGUUCCUUCAGGGGCUGCCACCACAGUGACAGUACUGCAGGGAGAGAUCUUCGAGGGCGCCCCUGUACAGACAGUGUGUCCCCACUGCCAGCAGGCCAUCACCACCAAGAUCUCCUAUGAGAUUGGCCUGAUGAACUUCGUGCUGGGUUUCUUCUGCUGCUUCAUGGGGUGUGAUCUGGGCUGCUGCUUGAUCCCUUGCCUCAUCAACGACUUCAAGGAUGUGACGCACACGUGCCCCAGCUGCAAAGCCUACAUCUACACGUACAAGCGCCUGUGUUAACGGAGCCAGGACUGGACUCCCUGCUGUCAGUCUGGCCCUCUGUGCUUUUGCUCCCCUCGCUCAGUGGCUCGCUUCCCUGCUCCCACUUGGGGAUGGAAGCCAUUCCACCAGUCCCCUGGAAGUCUUGUCCUCUUUGGCUUGCCCUUCCCUGAGCAUCUGACUCUUCCGGCAAAAACUUUGUUGGAUUUGAGGCCAAGGGCCAGCAAGUGGCAUGGGGAUAGCACUGAGCCUGCGUGUUGCUGGUUUGCUUGAUGUUUGUGAUCAGGAAGAGAAGCUGGGAAGGGUCUCCUCGCAUGGUCUCCUUGCUGGGGUCUCAUUCCUCCAUUUCUGUACACAGUAUAGAUUUGGUCCUAACUCUCCCUGAGACCAAAAGCAGCCAGAGCAGACCUGGGGCCUGCAGUGGGGCUGUACCUGUAGCCAUAGUUAUUUCUGAUCUCCUGGGCCGAGAGUGGGGGAGUGGACCCAAGCAGGACAGGGUCCCAAGGCCUAGCUUUGUUUCUGGGGUGCCAGAGGCAUGAUGAUUGGAAGGAUGACUUUGGCCCUUAGAACUCUUAACACCCUGUCCAAGUCCCCAGGAGUUCCCUGGGAUAAGGCAGAGAGGUCAGCACACCUGCAGGUUAUGGGGUGAAUGGUUAGGCCCCAGCUUGCCAAGAAGGGACUCGCCUUUGGCCCCCACCCAGCUCCCUUUCUGGCCACCCCUCUACAGAUCCCCAUCUUUGCUAGGGCCAGAAGGAAUGCCCAGGAGUCUAACCCAUCUGUCCAUACCAUAUCUUUGCUGUAUAUCAGUAAGACCUUUGCCCAGUGGCUGGUGUGUCCCAACUAGGACUGGAGAUGACAGAGAGAAGGGGCUACCUUGCAAGCACACUCAGAUUUGUAGUGCACUCUCCAUGGAUCCUCUUCCCAGUAAAUGCUGGGCCCUAGGCCCUGGAUGACUUGCUGUCACUGUGCUUGUUUCAACAGCAGGUACUGCAGCAGGAGCAGCUGUGGCACUGGACUGGGACAGGCCGGGGACAAGGAAGGAGCAGCCCCAAGUGGCGGAAGUGCCCUGGUGGACACCUGCCCUGGGCCUGAGCCCACACUGUAUUUCCUGAAUGGUUUGUCUGUGAACUUGCUCAUGUGGACCGCUAUAUCCUGCUGCCACCCCUCUCCUGGUCUCGCACUGCCACUGCAUGGCCUCCUGUCACUGUGAAUCAUGGCUGGUCUCAGUUUGUAGUUUCUCAUUAAAUUGGCCCUUUCACUCCCCUGC